AUGGCCACCGAGUUGACCGUCCAGUCGGAGCGCGCUUUCCAGAAGCAGCCUCACAUCUUCCUUAACACCAAGGCCAAGGCUUCAUCCAAGAAGACUGCCCAGGGCCGCCGCUGGUACAAGGAGGUCGGUCUCGGUUUCCGUACCCCCAAGACCGCCAUUGAGGGAACCUACAUCGACAAGAAGUGCCCCUUCACUUCCCAGGUCUCCAUCCGCGGCCGUGUCCUCGUCGGCAAAGUCGUCUCCACCAAGAUGCACCGUACCCUCGUCAUCCGCCGCGAAUACCUGCACUACGUCCCCAAGUACAACCGUUACGAGCGUCGCCACAAGAACCUGUCUGCCCACGUCUCCCCCGCUUUCCGUGUUGAGGAGGGUGACAUGGUUACCGUCGGCCAGUGCCGUCCUCUCUCCAAGACUGUCCGCUUCAACGUGUUGAAGGUUCACGCCAAGACCUCCCGCGCUGUCAAGUCUUUCUCCAAGUUCUAG